AAAAUGUCUGUCCUGGCCUUCUAGGAUCAUUUUUUCAAGCCAAGGUCUCCUGUAUGUCACUAUCUUGGAAGCGCGAUGGGGCUUCUACGGACGAUCGCCCUCGUGAUCCUGGGGUUUUCAGCUUUUAUUUUUACUGUUCUUUUCGGGAGACUUCCUGUAUUUCGGAAAACGCCGAUCGGCCUACUCCAUAGGAUUAUCUGGUUACAUAUCCCGCAUGGAAUAUCAUACAUUGAUGCUCGUUUGUUUAAUGGACGGAUCCUGAGAUCCUGGGGCCAAGCUGGCAACUAUAUCCUCUACGAAAAUCAUCCCCUCGUGCUUAUAUUCUUUACGACAAUCCUUGUCAUUGGGGAACUCAUAUUCAUUCCCAGUGCUUGGCCCAGGAUCUCGGUGAUGCAUCAACUCUACAUUCCCAUCAUCAUAGCCCUGCCUUACUACUUCUUGUAUGUGAGUGUUGUUACAAAAUCAUACAUCACGCCGGACAAUCACGCGGAGGAGAUGAAGCGCUAUCCUUACGACAAGGUCAUAUUCCACCCAGGCCACAGCUGUGAAACGUGCCACUUUCUCAAACCAGCGAGAAGUAAACAUUGCAGCUACUGCAAGCGCUGCGUCUCCCGGCAAGACCAUCAUUGCAUAUGGCUCACCAACUGCGUCGGUCUGAACAAUUACCAUUACUUUUUGUAUCUCUUGCUGUCACUAAGCGUCAUGCUGACUUACGGCUCAUGGCUUGGCUACUCCCUCUUGUCUCAGACAUUAGACAGACUCAUCCCUCCCAGCUCGCCCGUGCGCUUGAGAAAACAAAGCUGGCCAACGUUUCUCAACAUGUGGGCGGCGGUAGUAGCCUAUGAUACUCGGAUCGGGGGAGUUACGAUGCUGAUGUUUAUGACGGCACCACUGGCGUUCGCUUUUCUCGUCUACCAUGUCUAUCUCAUCUGGGCAGGAAUGACGACGAAUGAGAGCGCCAAAUGGUCUGACUGGAAAGACGACAUAACCGACGGAAUGGCAUUCAAGUUUAUUGGCGACCAUAAAAGAAGCGAUUCUCCUCUUCUUGAAUCCGCCGAAACUGCGGAUUCCUGGCCUGGGUACAGCGAUCAAAUACUUGUGCUUACAGAGGGAGACCCUCCGAAAGAAGGGCAUCAGGUUCACAAAAGCUCUAACGAUGUUAUACAACCAACUAAUCCUGAUGCGCCUAUUGAUCGGAGGUUUGCUCGUGUUAGAAGCAUGAAGGAAAUUGACAAUAUUUACGAUCUGGGCUUUUGGAAUAACCUUUGUCAUGUAUUUGGAAACUACGCUGCGGGCAAAGCUCACCGUGCUUAG